GCCGCUCCCGCCGCCGCCACCGCCGCCGCCGCCGCCGCCACCGCCGCCGCCGGGGUCUUUCUCUGUCUCGGCCGAGGCGGCCAUCUUGCUCUCGCCGCGUGCUGGCGUCGGAGGACCCUCCCCGCUGCAGAUUUGCCAACAGCAUGAAUCAAGAAAAGUUAGCCAAACUUCAAGCUCAGGUCCGGAUAGGGGGCAAGGGCACAGCUCGCAGGAAGAAGAAGGUGGUACACAGGACAGCUACUGCUGAUGACAAAAAGCUUCAGAGUUCUCUGAAGAAACUGGCUGUGAACAAUAUAGCUGGUAUUGAAGAGGUGAACAUGAUUAAAGACGAUGGAACAGUUAUUCAUUUCAACAAUCCCAAAGUCCAAGCUUCCCUCUCCGCUAACACCUUUGCAAUUACUGGUCAUGCCGAAGCCAAACCAAUCACAGAAAUGCUUCCCGGAAUAUUAAGUCAGCUUGGUGCUGACAGCUUAACGAGCCUUAGAAAGUUAGCGGAACAGUUCCCGAGACAAGUAUUGGACAGUAAAGCACCCAAACCAGAAGACAUUGACGAGGAGGAUGAUGACGUUCCAGAUCUUGUAGAAAAUUUUGAUGAGGCAUCGAAAAAUGAAGCUAACUAAAAUCCUCUGGGUUUUGGAAGCUGGCAUGGACUAGAUUUAACAAUCAGCUCUGUUGUUCCAAAGUUUUACAGACAUGGAGAAACAUCACCUGUUAUUAGUUCAGUAAUAUAAAUAUUUUGUAUAUUAAUAAUGCUGUUUGUUCAGCAUUUCUUGGUCAUUUGAUUUUGCAUUUUGCACUUCUUCCCAGGAUCUAUUCUUUUGGUCAAAAUAUGAAGUAUUGGUGCAGUUUGAGGGUGGUUUUUGGUUUGGGGGGGAACUUUUGGUGUGUAUGUAUAUGUAUGUAUGUGGGUAUGUGUGUACACAGUGGACCACAAGUUGGAUAACAGUUAUAUCUAGCCUAUUCUUUCCUCUAGUAGAAAUAAAACAAAUCUUUACAUUU